GCAGCGAGAGCUCCCGGUCGCGCCAUGCUGCCCGCCGCCCUCCGGAGAUGGCUGCACCGGCCCAAGCGGUCAGACCCCCGGCUGCUCUCGCAGUUCUUCUACGCCGACGAGAAGGUGUCGCAGGUGGUGAUGGAGAUCAACGGGCUGGAUGCCGAGAUGGACCCUCAGCAGUACUUGGUGCUCCUGAACCAGCUGCACCUCAGCCAGGCUCACCUGCUGGCCGUCAUCGAGCGGAUCAUGGAGGAGUGCAUCCCCACGCAGAGGCACAGCCGCGACUACCUGGUCAAGUUCCCCGAGGAGCUCUCGGUGGACAACCUGGGCAACCACAUGCUGUUUGCCGCCGAGUGUCUCCUGGCAGGCACCUUCAUCGAGGUGGAGGAGGCGGACAGCGCCCAGCUGCUGCCCCGGGCCAGGAACCUGCUGUGCAGCCUGGAGCUGGUGCGCGCGGUGCUGCGGGAGCAGAGCCUCAGCCAGCCCGGCAGCUACUCGGAGCCCGUGCGGGCUGUGCUGAUCCAGUUCGACAGGCUUUUUGCGGAGUUUGAGCUGAGCUACGUGUCCUCGCUGGUGGCAGUGAAAUCGCCCGAGGAGAUCUACCGGCAACAGGAGAUCAUCGUGCUCUUCUGCGAGACGGUGGAGAGAGCCCUGCGCCUGGGCUACCUCACCCAGGAGAUGAUCGAUGGCUACGAGCCACUGCUGAUGUUCACCAUCCCUCGCCUGGCCAUCAUCAGCGGGCUCCUCAUCUACCCCGAGGGGCCCCUCAACCUGGAGCAGAGCCCUGAGCAGAUGUCCCGGGUUUUCAGCCCCUUCUACGACCUCCUGAAGAAAAUCAGGGACCUGCUGCGGGUGCUCUCCGCGGAGGAGCUCGCCUUGCUCGAGAGGAGCCUGUGCACCGCUGAACUGGAGGAUCCCCGCGGUCCGGCCGCGGCACCGGCUUGGGGGGCGGCAGCUGCCCCGAAAGCGGACGCCCCCGCUGCCUGGGCUCUCCUGGAGGCUCCCCACUCCGAUCCGGCGGGGGCAGCGGGCGCGGACAGGCACACGGGGCUCGCCGCAGGGACGGCGCCGCCGCGGCGGCGAACCGCUGCCUCCUCUCCGAGCAGCCGCCGGGCCGCCGGGAGCAGCCCGCGGCCGCGGCCCGGUGCCCGCUGCUCGGAGCUGCGCUCCCGCUACAGCAGCACCAGGGACAUGCUGCACACCCUCUUCGUGUGCGUCUCGGGGGUGGCUGACCAGCUCCAGACCAACUUCGCCAGCGACCUGCGGAGCAUCUUGAAGACGGUCUUCAAAAUCGUCGCCUCGCAGCCGCAGCCGGCGGGGGAGGCGGGCGCCAGCCAGGAAGAGGAGGGAGAGGCGUGCGCCGCCGCCCCGUCCCGCCUGGCCGACUGCCCUCUCUGCUCCAGCACCGCCGAGGCGCCCGGGCUUCGUGGGGCGGGCGCCCGCAGCCCGCCCCAGUGGGUGCCGGACAGCAGCUGCAGCCAGUGCUCAGCCUGCAGCCAGCCCUUCACCCUGCUGCGCCGGAGGCACCACUGCCGCAGCUGCGGCAAGAUCUUCUGCUCCCGCUGCUCACCGCACGCGGCCGCCCUCCCGCAGUACGGGCAGCCGCGGCCGGUGCGCGUCUGCGCUCACUGCUACGCCGCGCACCUCGCGCCCGGCCGCCGGUGA